GGAAGAGGACAGACACAAAUAAUGGCGGCCGCCGCGCUGAGACACCACCCCACAAAUUCUCCCCCCUUCCCCUCCGCCCUCUCUUGUUUUUCUUUAUAUACAAACAAACAAAGCAUAGCCGCCCCGCCCCCCAUGUUCGAAUUUGAUUCUUGGAUUCCAUUAGCCAUGUGAUCCCUCUCUCUCGGUCCGUUAGGGUUUACAUCUCCCCCAAUUUGCAGAUUCUCUCUGUUCCCGUAGCAUUGCUCGCGGAUUUGUGAAAAAAACCUGGAGUUGGGCCGGGCCGGGGAUUUUGGCAGGCUUGCUCUUCCUGGGGAUGGUUUGUGAUGGUGACGGGUCGAGAAGGCGGCUAUUUGGUGCCGGUGGCGGCCGAUCCGAAGAAGAAAGUCGCCGGUUCUCGGAGCUGGCUGCUGAUGGACGCCGCCGGUCAGGAGGUUGUUCUCGAUGUCGACAAGUACGCGAUCAUGCACCGCCUCCAGAUUCACGCUCGCGACCUCCGCAUUCUUGAUCCCCUCCUUUCUUACCCCUCCACUAUACUCGGCCGUGAACGCGCCAUUGUUCUCAAUCUAGAGCAUAUCAAGGCUAUUAUUACUUCUGAAGAGGUACUUCUUCGUGAUCCAUCAGACGAAAAUGUUACUCCCGUAGUUGAGGAACUAAGAAGAAGACUGAAGCCCGUGAAUGCAAACAAUGAAGAUCAAGCGGAAGGAAAAGAUUCCCUGGUUCACCAUGAUGUUGAAACGGCUGAAGAAGAUGAAUCUCCAUUUGAAUUUAGGGCCUUGGAGAUUGCUUUAGAAGCCAUCUGUAGUUUUCUUGCUGCACGAACAAUGGAUCUAGAGACUGAUGUGUACCCAGCUUUAGAUAUGCUUACCUCCAAGAUUAGCAGCAAAAAUUUGGACCGAGUACGAAAGCUAAAGAGUCAAAUGACAAGAUUGACUGCCCGAGUGCAAAAGGUGAGAGAUGAACUUGAACAACUCCUGGAUGAUGACGAUGAUAUGGCAGACCUUUACUUGUCUAGAAAACUUGCCGGUGCAUCUUCACCUGUAAGUGUAUCUGCCAGCUGGCUUCUUGCUUCGCCCACCAUCGGCUCAAAGAUAUCUAAAGCUAGUAGGGCAAGUGUUGCAACCAUCCGAGGGGAUGAGAAUGACAUUGAAGACCUUGAGAUGCUUUUAGAAGCCUACUUCAUGCAAAUUGAUGGAACAUUGAAUAAGCUAAACACACUACGCGAAUAUAUUGAUAAUACAGAGGAUUAUAUAAACAUACAGCUUGACAAUCAUCGAAAUCAACUCAUACAGCUAGAACUCUUCCUCAGUUCAGGAACCGUUGUUAUGUCCAUAUAUUCUUUGGUGGCCGGAAUUUUUGGUAUGAACAUCCCAUUUUCUUGGAAUGAGAGCCAUGGUUACAUGUUUAAAUGGGUCGUCGUUGUUACAGGCGUUGUUUGCGCAAUGAUUUUUAUACUAAUUGUUUAUUAUGCUCGCCACAAGGGGCUCGUUGGAUCAUAAAUCUUUACAUAAGAAGACAUGUGAUAAUACCAAAAUUCCAACUUUGAUGGGAACACACAAUUGUAUAACACACUAUAUGGGGCACUACAAUCAUUAUUCUUUGCAAUGUAAUGUUGCUGCUCGUGUAUAUGCAAGUUUUGGAUCAACUUACAAUUGUGUACAAUUUGAAUAUGUGUUGGGUUGGAAGAAUUCUUUAUUAGUGAAAAGGGG